AUGAAAUUCACCCAAGCGGAUUGGGAACAGCAUGUUGCGAACAAUCACGUGCCGUACCGCCGUGAUUGUGCAGUUUGCGUGCACGGUGCCGGAAACGGCCGCCGCCGCCACGGUGUAGUUCACCCGGAAGUGUAUUGCAUGUCAGCCGACAUUGCGGGGCCCAUCCGUGUGAAGGGCAAAGACCCAGAAAGCCGCAACCACCGACCAGCCACGUUCAAGUACUUCCUCGCUGCGUCGUACCGCUUCCCACGGCUCAAAGGAGUGAAGGAGGAGUCAGACCCCAGCCAAACAGAGGGGUUUGAUGAUGCAGCACUCCUCCCGCGAGAAACACAUGACCUUGCAGAUGAGGCCUUUCCGGUAGCAGAAGGCCCCCUGCGCGAGGACUCCCUGUACGAGCCAAGUUUAGAGGAGGAGGAGUCGGAAGACGAAGGGGUUGAAGGGCCUAGAGAGUUCGCAGCCAAAGUUGCCGAGGAGCAUCCCUGGGAGUCAGCCAGGUGUGAGCUUGAAACACCGCCUGACAUGGCGACGCUGGUGUUUGCAGUGCCACUUCACACCAACAAGGGAGACUCGCUUGAGGAGGAGCUCACACCACCUCCACGCAGGGUUCGCGGCAAGCGGUCUGCUGGUGUGAGACUUGACGACGUCUUUGCACUUGACCCGCAGCCUCCCUUGCCGCCGCCAGCAGAAGCUCCACACCCGGAAGGGCCUGUGUCACCGGUUGAGGAGGAGUCUGCCCGUGUAGCGCGCUUGAGUCUGCAAGACCUUGAAGGUUUAGCUACGGAGCUUAUCGAGGACGACUGGGACCUUGAUGAAGCGUUGUGGGUGUUAGCCGAAGUGUGCAGAGCAGUAGUCCACACUGUAGACCCUGGGGAUGCAGAGCAAUGCAUCGAGAAGUGGAUGCCGUCCAUUCACAAAGAGAUCGGUGUCAUUGAGAAGGCUGUGCGGCGACUGCCCCCUGCAGAGGGUGACGCUGCCCUCGCUACCCGGAAGGGUCAAGCUUACCACAAACGCAAGGCUCGCUUGGUCGCUUGUGGCAACCACGCCUACAGUGAAACUCAAGCUGUGGGCACUGGGACCGUGGCGCAGCAAGACCUGCAGCUGAGUGCCUUCGCUGUCCUGCUCGCCGUCUUUCAGGUCGUAGGUGCUGCCAGCCAGACAACGGACGAGGAAGAAGACUUGUCUCUCCCCGUGUCGCUUGAUGCAGAUUUGAUGUUGGCAGUAUCCAUCAUCUGCAGUGGUAUCUGCUUCAUUGCAGUGUGGGAGUUCUUCAAGUGGUGCCUUCAAGGCGUCAUCUCCCGCCGAGAGGCAGGGACACCCGUGUUGUCUCUGAGCCCCCGCAAGGCGCGCAAGUUACAGCGCCUUCGAGAUCAAACUGCGCAGGCAAUCCAUGCCGAGAUCUCUGCACGUGAGGAGGCAGCAAGCUCGCAGUCUGUUGCUGCAGCGCCCAGUUUGUUGAGUUUCAAGCGUGCCAGCAGUGCCACGGGAGUGCUGCAGACCACACCCAGCACAGCACAGGGUGCCUUGAAAGCCCUCGCAUAG